GUGACGCGGAACUGUUGCUGGUCUCGCUAAAGUCACGUGAGAAUCUGCUUUCACAGAGAUGUAUUUGUUUCGCCGUGCUGCGUAAAUCUUUGUCUGGUUAAGUUAAAACAACAAAUAAGUGACUGACAUGGAUGAGGACGGGUUGCCCAUUGUGGGAUCUGGAAUAGAUCUUACAAAGGUCCCAGCGAUUCAACAGCGGAGGAUAAUAGCUUUCCUUAACCAGUUCAUCGUUCAUACUGUCAGAUUCCUGAACCGAUUUUCAACUGUUUGCGAGGAGAAACUGUCAACGGUAUCUUUACGGAUCCAGCAAAUUGAAACCACGCUAAGCAUAUUGGAGGCAAAGUUGGCCUCUAUACCCGGCUUAGAAGACGUUACAGUGGAUGGAGUGCGACCGUCUGCGCAAACGAAUGGUCCCACAGUAGAUGGCAGUCAUGCCACGGGCUCCUCUACUGUUACACCCCCUGAGGUAACUCAGCAACCACAGGGAGUCACCCAGGAGCCGAAAGCAGAAGCCCCUGCAGGAAAUGUGAUGACUGUUGCAAAGGACCCACGAUAUGCCCGAUAUCUUAAAAUGGUGCAAGUGGGUGUUCCAGUCAUGGCUAUUACAAAUAAGAUGAUACUAGAGGGUUUGGACCCCAGUUUGCUUGAUACCCCUGAUGCACCUGUUCCAGACGGUGGCAAAAAAGGGAUGGAAGAGCAAGAUGAUGAUAGCUCAGGCAGCGAAUCCUCUUUUAGUGACUGAUUUGUCCCUUUCCCAUGAGCUUUGUAUUUAACAGGCCUGCACAGGCCGGCAGGAACCGUGCUUAUGUCAAAGCAGGGUAAAUGCACUUAAAUGUCCUUACACGGGACAGUCUAGUUAAGGCGCUAAGGUUGCAACAGCUUGGAGACAGUGUACCACACAUGCUGUCCCUUAGUUGCAGAGGACAAAUGCUCACUAUGUGAGAUUGCGAAUGAUUUUGUUAUAAUUAGUCUGUUUAAGUGCUGCUGUCAUUUGUGUUACAUGCCUAACAUGUAUAUCUCAUACCAAUAUAUGUCAGUGACUAUGUUGAAAUAGACACAAUCAGCAAGUGAUCUGUUAAGAAAUUGAUUUCGAAAUGUAAUUGAGUGUAAUAUUCAUUUUUUCAUGUUGGAUUACAAUUUCGCAAUGCCUUGCAGUACAAUUUAGUCAUAUCAAUAACAGAAAUGAUGUUAAGCCUUGUUCGGUAGAAUUGCUGAGUUUGUAAGAAUAAUGAUUGUUUCACACAGACGUUACGUGUCUUUUUCAAAUGGCAUUAAUAACGAAACGUGUUAUUAAAAU